GGAGUCUGGGUCCACAGUGUGUAACGUGUAUACACACGACAGAGCCGAGGGAGGGUUGAGGGAGGUUUUUUAUUAUAGUUACGAGGAAGAGUACAGCCAGAGGCAUCUGGAAGAUUCCAGAGCAGAGAGAGAAGGAGACUGAGUAUGGCCGGCAGAUUGGGCCUGGCAGGGGGUGGGGGAGAAUGAGAGGAAAGAAAGAGAGAGGCUACCAAGAGAAUGCAUAGCCGAAAUAGGGUCUUAGGGCAAUGAGAAGGUGGGGUAGGGAAGCCCAUGAGCUGGAGAAGUUUAGGGAGGGGGCGGAGUGAGAAGAGCCACAUUCGCUAAAACACACAGCACACACAUAAAAGCCCGGCAUGGCUGGACAUAGUGGCGCAUGCCUUUAAUCCUAGCACUCGGGAGGCAGAGGCAGGCAGAUCUCUGAGUUCGAGGCCAGCCUGGACUACAGAGUGAGUUCCAGGACAGCCACAGCUACACAGACAAAGUGUGUGUGUGUGUCUCUAAUCUCUGUGCUGGGCUGGACAGGUGGGGCAGUUGUAGAAACAGGAGGAUAUUAGGGGACUAGCUGCCCAGUCAGCUCGCAAGCUCCAGAGUCAAUAAAAGACCUUGUCUCCCGAAAAAGAAAAAGAAAAAAAAAAUCUCUCAGGGCCAGUGGAUGAAGGUGCCUGCCACCAAGCCUUUGCUCCCCCGGGGUACACAUGGUAGGAGAGGGCUGAUUGUUGCUGGUCGUCCUGAGACCUCCACAGGUGUGCCCUAGCAUGUGUGUGUCCACACAGGCCUGCCCUCUGGUUCCGACCGGGCUCCGUUGCUUCCAAGUUGCGGCACAAAGGACCUAACUUCUGGUUGUGUUCUCCACAGAAAGAUGGACCAGCCACAGGCCACCGCCCUUCAGCCCGCAGCGUUCAAAGCCCCGGCUGUGAAUGCCUGUGGGAACAGCUCCAGCUACCGGUAUUACAGUCAUUUGGUUUUUUUUCAACUAGAGAAGUUUCCAGAUGGGGGCAGAACCUUCCUGGCCCCGCCUGCCCGCCCCCUUUGUAAGCUUAGCGGGGAGGAAUGCAGCGGGGCGGGGCGGCCCCUAGACGGUCAUUGCCAUUAAUAGAGACCUGAAGCACCGCCUGCUAAAAAUACCCGGCUGGACACCCAUAAAAGCCCAGCCGGGGCUCCAGCUCGGCACUUCUCGGAUCCUCCUGCGCCCUGUGCCUCUUGAUCCUCAGCCCUGACCAGCACAGCCAAGAACAUGACCGAGCGCCGCGUGCCCUUCUCGCUGCUGCGGAGCCCCAGCUGGGAACCAUUCCGGGACUGGUACCCGGCCCACAGCCGCCUCUUCGAUCAAGCCUUCGGGGUGCCUCGCUUGCCCGAUGAGUGGUCGCAGUGGUUCAGCUCGGCGGGUUGGCCCGGCUACCUGCGCCCGCUGCCCGCCGCCACCGCCGAGGGCCCCGCUGCCGUGGCCCUGGCCGCGCCCCUGGCCGCUCCCCUGGCUGCGCCCCCCUUCACUCGUGCGCUCAACCGGCAGCUGAGCAGCGGCGUCUCGGAGAUCCGGCAGACGGCCGAUCGCUGGCGUGUGUCCCUGGACGUCAACCACUUCGCUCCGGAGGAGCUCACGGUCAAGACCAAGGAAGGCGUGGUGGAGAUCACCGGCAAGCACGAAGAAAGGCAGGAUGAACAUGGCUACAUCUCUCGGUGCUUUACCCGGAAAUACACGCUGCCUCCCGGUGUGGACCCCACCCUGGUGUCCUCUUCCCUAUCCCCUGAGGGCACACUUACUGUGGAGGCUCCGCUGCCCAAAGCAGCCACACAAUCAGCGGAGAUCACCAUUCCGGUCACUUUCGAGGCCCGCGCCCAAAUCGGGGGCUCCGAAGCUGGGAAGUCGGAACAGUCUGCAGCCAAGUAGAAGCCAUCGGCCUGCUGCCCAUCCCCAAUAGUCCGCACUGGCCACCCCUCUCUGUCAAUCUGUUUGCUCUUUUGAUACAUGUACUUUCUGUUUUUCUCAAAUAAAAGUUGGAAGCUAC